CGUUGUCUACAACUAGGCUUCACUUUACCAAUAAUAAUAAUUGUGUCUCUCACCAAAAUGGAAAAAGAAAAAUGCAUUAGCGUAAAGAGAAUUUGGGGAUACCCUAGGCAUAUUAUAUACACAUCGUAACUGAUUGUAAUUGGGCCGUAUAUUGGAUUACGCGGGAGAUUACCCCUUAUUUUAAAAAGAUAAAAUACUCUCGUUUUCUGUCUGAAUUUCUUUUUAUUUUUUGUAUGUUUCUUUGUAUGAAUUGGCUGUUCAAGACUCAGGAGUCUGGUUUGGAAUCAUGGAGGAAAUACCUCGGUCUCCAGUUCGUUCGACAUCGAUACAUCGCUCGAAUAGCACAUGGGCAACGACUAGGGCACGAACACGGAAACGUACCGGUGGCUACCAACCCAGUCAGGCAACUGGUGGCGGUGGAGCUAACCUUGGCUCCAACAGCGAUGGCUCAACCUGUGAAAUCCCGGACCAGGGUCUGCAACUGCCAAUCAUCAAAAGUUUGUAUUACCUACUAGUCUAUUUAUCUCGAAAGGAGGAACCAUUGAGCUGGAUCAACUGGGAAACAACUGCUUUGGAUAACUUAGAUAGGCAAUUUUCUCAAUUUGAGUUUAAAAUGCAAGUUAAAGGCAAAUAUACCCUCUCUAGUAUGUUGUUCAAAGAACUUGAUGGGAGGUUCCGAGAACUAUUUUCUGAUUCACAUGAAGUUUCUGCAAGUUUGGUUCAUAGACACGCUGACCAGCACAUGGGUAUGUCAACCUAUGCUGAAGGACUAACGGUGCUUUUACGAUGUUGUAUGGUGAUCUUGACAUUCCUUGGGCCUGAUCAUCAUCUUCGUAUGGGUCAAGAUAUUCUCUCAGUACUCAGUAGAUUGAUUUCUAUAUGCAUAAGUCAAGCGGAUGACAGAAGUCUUGUUGCUUCCACAUGCAUUUCAGAACCUUAUGAUCCAUGCCGUGCCCUUCUAUGUACUCUACUUGAGGUAUCUGCAGAUGAGCUUUUGGCGCAUAAGAAUUUGAGAGAGUAUUUAAUACAAAUUGAUUCUGCAAGUGAAAAUAUAUUUAAGCACCAUUUUGGUCUUGGUGUUCUUGGAUGUGUACUGGAACUGAUAUCAGCUCAUUUUAUUUUAUCAGUUUCUAAUGAGCUAGCAUAUAAAAACUUCAUCACCAGAUUAUAUUGGUCAUGCGACAAAGGUUACAUGGAUCCUGAGAUGAGCCUGUCAUCGUCAUUAGCUUUGCUUCUGGACCCCAUCAUACUUUCUGCACCGAAAAUGUUUCUGGCACAUCUAAUUUUAUUGGUUUCUGAAUCCAUUGGUAUUGGCACGACUUCAGACAAAAUGAGACCAGAUUUCAGACUCAUAAAUUACCACACUGCUUUUGAAAGGUCUGUGACCUUGUAUGCUAUACACAUUGCUCGCCUGCACAUGGAUGGUAAAACAUUGAGCACUGAUUUUCUUACAAAGUCAUGUAUGCUUGGAAGUAAUUGUCAGCCCAUAUUUGAAACGUUUCUUUCUUCAGCUAUGAGAGAGAAAUUAUUUCAUGUACUCACGAAGCCCAAUGAUUCCUGUGAUUCAUCUUUUCACAAUAUGUCUUCUUUCACAAAGUUGGAAAUGGUGGCUGCAUCUAUUGCAUACGUAAAAGAGAGCCUACCUGCUUUCGAUAUUACCUAUAAAGUUGAGAUCUUAUCAAUCUUACAUUGCAUAAUACUAAGGGUUUCUUCUGAUGAUAUCAAUGAUGCUGGAUUGCUUAAAAACAGGAAGACAAGCCCCGAAGAUAUGUAUCUUAUGGCUUCUUUAUUGAAGUUAAUGAGUUGUUCGAUGUUACAAAUCCUAUGGUGCUUAAGCCAUAGAGGGAAUUCAGGUUCCAUGACAACCUUGAAAGAUGUAAUGUCAUGUAAGGAAUAUGAAGCUAUGAUGGGUAUUAUCGGCUGUUUUCAACAAUAUAGUGUCCAUCUUCCAGUUCAAAAGUUCUUAUACGAUAUUAUGGAAUCUCACCCUUCAAGGCACAAAGAGUCGAAGUGGAUGCUUUUACAUUUUUCGGGCUUGCUGUCAUUUAGUUAUGUUAGCAAGAUUGAUUUCUUGGUGAAGGACUGCAUAUUUGCUAUGAUGGUAACAUUAAUUUUGUUUACCUUUGAAGAGGGAAAUUUAGAUGCGCUGAGUUCAAUGCUGCAUUCUGGAUUGGAAUCAUGUACAUCUUCCAUGAACGAAGAAAAGGUCAUGGUUGACCACAAAUGUAGCAAGACUGUUGCAUCAAACUUUCACAAGAAUCGGAUGCAUCUGAGGCGUUCUCUCAGAAUCUCUAGCAAAAGAAUGCAAAACCAAGAAGCUGAAACUUAUGACGACAUGGAGUCUGCUAGUAUAGGAGAGGAAUCAGAUAAAAGUUGCAAUGGUGAGAGCUUUCUACGGUCCAGGCUAGGAGGGUUGCAAACAUUGUCCGAUGUUAGUGAUCUAGUGGAUUUUAUCAAGUGUCAGAGUGGGAAAGACUACUCUCUCUGGUUAAAAAAUCGCGAAAAAUUUAGACAAUGGAAGCUUGAGAGAGUCGAAGGUUUAAGAAGAAAGAAAAAGAACGGUGUUUGGAAGUAUUUGCAAGGAAGGAAAGUGUAGAAAUGUAUGUCCUGUUGUAUUUUAAAUGUGUAUAAAUUUUGUAGCUUUGUUCGAUCAGUUCCUUAGCUGAGUCUCUGUUUCUUGCAAUAUUGUCCCUUUUUAAAAUAGUCUUGUAAUCUUGUUUAUUAUUAUUAAGGACCUCUUGUUCCAUUUGUAAUGACAUUAAAGUAGUUAACAUUUUGAAAAUUGAAAUCU